AUGGAACAAAAAGAACCAUUAAUAAUUACACAAUCUGGAAGUAUAACUCAGCCAGUCAACAGGCAAGGAGCUGAUUUUGAGAAAAAAACUAAGGAGGAUGUAUUUUCUUCAAGGUUCAAUAAAAACGAUGUCAAAGAAAGUCGGUGUAAUGACUAUAAACAUUAUCAAUUAAAAUGUAAAAACAACGAUGAAAACUCGUCACUUGACAUUCAAAUUGCAGAAAGUUCUUCAAAAUAUAUUUCGAGAGAACUAAAACCUCACGAGUACGGAUUCCCGAAAGAUAAACAAAUUAUUAAUGAAAUAUCGGAUGAAUUAACGAACACAGAUGAAAAUAUUCAUAAGGUUCAGAAUUUAAAAAAAUCCGAGUCUAUAUUGAAUUUUGAAAAAUGUUCUGAAAUAAAUUUAACCGAUAAACGUUUACAUAAAAACCUAAAUGUGGGUCCUAUGGAAAAAAUUGCCUUGGAUAAACAAGCAAUGUUUAUUAAAUUUAAUUCUCUGGAAUUGUGCGCUGAUAAAGUAUUUAGUUUACGCGUACAGGAAAACUGUUGUACUGAUAUUCAUAAAUGCGUAGUAGAUUCCGAGUCGAAGAAGUCAAAACAAAUUGAAAAGUGUUUGGGUUUGGAUAAUAAAAACAUCGAAAGGUAUGCUUGCAACGUUUCUAGUGGACCACGUAAAAAUAAUACUACAUCAAAACCUCAAAUCGUAAAUGAGAGUCGUCCUAUUUACCCCAAUGUGCCGUAUAGCCCUUAUAGUACUCCAUUCAGUAGUCCUCGAUCUAGUCGACGGAAGCCAGCUUUUCGGGAGUCUAGAAGGAUAUCGAUGGAUAAAUCUGGAAGUUUUCUGCAGUUAAAUCAAUAUAGAUUAAUGGAACAAAUUGGACAGGCCCAUCGACAUUGUGGAAUAUCAUUUGCAUGCUCGACGAGUGCGUGAGAACGGUCUAGAAAACAUUUGGUUAUAUCAAGUGCUCGGUAACACCGUUAUAUCCAGAAAUGGUCCUUCCACGGAAUUCCACUCACAAAAAGAACCAUCAGCAACAACAAACUGCAAGUCAGUCACCAGGAGCAGUCUCCAAAUACUAAUGCAUUACAACUUCACCAACUUAAAAUCAUCAAGGGUUGCAAGUGGGCUAGUUACGGGCAUUCUAGAUCUUACUAUGCGUUUUAUCCAGCUUUUAGAGUUUCGAAUCACUCAUAACUUUUCUUUUCUACCAAUAAAUACCCUAAAAUUAAAGGUUCUAAUAGGCCACUAUAUAACGCAAUCAUCACGAUAGCAACGAAGCAACUGGAUCAGGCAGUCUCACUUACUGGCCUUCAGAUCCCAGAAAACUUUGAGAUUUAAAUGAUUUUGCUAUGACAAUAAAUAUAUCUCGCAAUCUAAUAACUGCAAAAGCGCUUUUUAUCCUUUUAUCGGACCACUUACUAGUGA